UCAACAAUGAAGAAAUUACGGAGACUGGGGAACAUGUACGAGUUGGAGAAGAAGCCAUUGAAAAACAGAAAAAAAGAGAGCCUUUUUGAAAAUCAAAUGCUUUGAUCAGAUUCGUUAAUGGCGACUCAGAUCUGAAGAUAAUCUCGUCUUCAUAUCUGGUGGGCAAAUCUCAAAGCUUUUCGAUUUCGGAGGUAGAAGAAAUUGAAGGAACCCAAAUGGAUGAUUUCACAGGAUUGUUAGCGAGAGACUUUGGAUUGAAACCUCAGGGCAAAUCAGCUCCCAUGGCUUCUCAAUCGAACUCUUCUGCCUCUGAUUUCAACAGUUUCGCUUCUUCUUAUAACUUCGCCACCGGUAAAAAGUCCGAUUCUUCGCCGGUGUUUGACGAUCUUGGGCGCGAUGGUGAUGAUCUUCUCUUCAAAGAUGUGUUUAGUGCUCCUCCACCAAAGUACGGAUCCUCUUCUGGUGAUUCUCGUUCUCCAUCUGCUCCGGCCUUUGACUAUGAUGCUAUGUUUAAAGAACCCAAAUCCAAAUCAGCCUCCAUGCCUGUCUUUGACAAGCCGGUGUAUGAUGAUGAGGAUGUGUUUGAGUCUAUUCCUGAGCUCAAAAUCCCUUCCACUUCUUCUCAAUCAGCUAGGUUUGAGAAUGUUUUCUCUUCCAUGAGCUCACCUGCAAAGCACAGGAAACAGGACAGUUCUCCCUUUGAUGAUCUCAUGGGCAACAAUACGGGGAAAAGAGAGACUGGGAGUGACAGAGAGAGCAAGGGUAGCUCUGUUUUUGAUGAUUUGAUUCCUGGCUUUGGUCGCACUAGCUCUCCUCCACCUAAACGGUCUACUUCAGAGACCAGUCAAUCCCAGAAACCUUACCAGCCUACUAAGACAUCUUCCAAUCUUGUGGAAGAAGACCCAUUUGUAGUCUUGGAGGAGUCUGCGUCAACCCCUAGAGGGUUCAAUGAUCCAUUGGAGGAUCUUGGAAAAUAUAAUAGCUCCAGCAGCAGAAAAACUGAUCAUCCAACUGUCCAUGGAGGAGUAUUUGUUGAUAUUGACCCCCUCGAUAGUCUUGGGAAACCAGGGCCAGAUAUGAAUAGUAGAUAUGAGAGUCAUUUAAGACCGCCAGGAAACAUCAGUGGCUCCCAGUCACCAGUAAAAAGUUCGAGGAGUAACCAUUCCAAGAAAGUUUCAUUUGAUGAUGUUUCAGAGCCGCAAAAUACAAGUACUCCGCCACCUACCAAUACAGAAGGAAGUUUUGAGUCAUCUGAUGAUGUGUGGCUUACUGUAUCUGAGAUCCCCCUCUUUACACAACCUACGAGUGCUCCACCACCUGCGAGACCUCCACCACCGAGACCUACACGUCCUGUAAAAAAGAAGGUUAACGAGCCUUCUUUAUCAAGCUCCACUAACCACCACUCUCACUUUCCUAGCCCAGCUAGAGCUUCUGUAAAUAGCCCGACAGCAUCUCAAAUGGAUGAACUCGAUGACUUUUCUAUGGGAAGAAAUCAGACCGCUGCUAAUGGACAACCUCCCUCUGGUGAAGAUUCUGAUGUUUUCUCUACUGCUGCUGCAUCAGCUGCUGCCAUGAAGGAUGCCAUGGAUAAAGCAGAAGCAAAGUUUAGGCAUGCUAAGGAAAGGAGAGAGAAAGAAAAUUUAAAGGCAAGUAGAAGUAGAGAAGGAGAUCACACGGAGAAUCAUGAUUCUCGAGAAAGGGAACUUAGAGAAAAGCAAGUGAGAUUGGAGCGUGAAAGAGCAGAGAUGGAAAAAGCCCAGGAGAAGGAGAGAGAGGAGAGAGAGAGAGAACAGAAAAGAAAUGAGAGAGAAAGGGAAAGACUGCUGGCAAGGCAAGCGGUAGAGAGGGCUACAAGGGAAGCACGCGAAAGAGCAGCCACUGAAGCUCAUGCGAAAGUUCAAAGAGCUGCUGUUGGGAAGGCUUCCGAUGCCCGAGAGCGUGCUGAACGAGCAGCGGUUCAAAGAGCCCAUGCUGAAGCACGUGAAAGGGCAGCUGCAGGGGCACGGGAAAAAGCUGAGAAAGCUGCAGCAGAAGCUAGAGAAAGGGCGAAUAAUGAAGCGCGGGAGAAGGAAGCAAGGGUUAGGGCAGAACGAGCUGCUGUGGAAAGGGCAGCUGCUGAGGCACGUGGAAGGGCAGCUACCCAAGCUAAAGCUAAGCAGCAGCAAGAAAAUAACAAUGAUCUUGACUCCUUCUUUAACUCGGUUUCUAGACCAAGCAGUGCUCCACGUCAGAGAACUAACCCUCCGGAUCCUUUCCAGGAUUCAUGGAACAAAGGAGGAUCUUUUGAAUCUAGCAAGGCGUCUUCGCGAGUUCCUUCUGGAGCAACAGAGAACUUGAGAAAGACCUCUUCAGCAACAAACAUUGUUGAUGAUCUCAGUUCAAUAUUUGGAGCUCCUGCUUCCCAACCUGGUGGGUUUCAAGAUGUGGAUGGCGAAACUGAAGAGAGACGACGUGCCAGGCUGGAACGCCACCAGAGGACACAGGAGCGGGCUGCGAAAGCACUUGCUGAGAAAAAUGAACGUGAUCUUCAAGUACAAAGAGAACAAGCUGAGAAAGAUAGGAUUGGCGGGACCCUGGAUAUUGAGAUAAGACGUUGGGGUGCGGGGAAGGAGGGAAACUUGCGUGCUCUGCUUUCAACACUACAAUAUGUUCUUUGGCCAGAAUGUGGCUGGCAGCCAGUUUCAUUGACCGAUUUAAUUACCGGUGCAUCUGUCAAGAAAGUUUACAGGAAGGCUACUCUCUGUAUACAUCCUGACAAAGUUCAGCAGAAAGGCGCUAAUCUCCAGCAGAAAUACAUUGCUGAGAAAGUUUUCGACAUGCUCAAAGAAGCAUGGAACAAGUUCAACUCCGAAGAACUCUUUUGAAAAAAUCUGGGACUAUGUUUCUGAGAAUAUGUUAUUCGUCAGUCGCCCAAAAGAUGAAGCAUGUGGCAUUCAUUAUAAAAGCCGAAAAUGGUGCCCAAGUUUGAAGCAGAGAGUUGUCGAUAGAGUGUAUUCCCAAGAUUGAUGACCCAGCACUGCAUCAUCAUAUACCACGCAGCAAGUGGGUAUUCUUAUUUUUUGUUGCAAAAUUUUCCUUCUCAUUACCCUUCUUUAAGAGUAUGAUGUCAGAUGUAUUGAUGUUGAUUUCUGUAUCAAAACACAAUACUUGAGAUUGAGAGCUGUGUAUUGUUGUUUCCAAACUAUUUAUAUAUAUGCAUAUAACAUUCUUUUUGGCACAA